AUGUCUGGAGAUCACACUACAGAGGAAGCUCCUCCAGAGGUUCACCAUUACAACGAUAUUGGAGAAGUUCCUUGGGAUAUCCAGAACUAUUGGGCACAACGCUAUAAGAUCUUCUCCAAAUAUGACGAGGGUGUCUGGCUAACAGACGAUGCAUGGUUUGGCGUUACACCUGAGCCAGUUGCUAAUAAGAUAGCUGAGCAUAUCGCCAGCGCGGCUCCCGCGUCUCGCAUGGUCCUGGUUGAUGCAUUUGCUGGUGCCGGAGGUAAUACCAUCGCCUUUGCGCGAUCGGGUCGCUGGAAACGAGUUUAUGCUAUCGAGAAGAAUCCGGCAGUCUUGCAGUGCGCGAAGCACAAUGCUAAGAUAUAUGGAGUUGAAGAUAAGAUCACCUGGUUUGAGGGUGACAGCCUCCAGAUCGUGAACAACCAACUCAAGGACUUGGGUCCAUAUAGCGUUCUGUUUGCAAGCCCUCCAUGGGGUGGACCUGGGUAUCGCUCCGACAAGGUAUUCAAUCUGCGCACAAUGGAACCCUAUUCCUUGGCUACAUUAUACGGCGAAUAUGCUUUGUUUACGGAGCAUAUGGUCCUCUAUCUUCCUCGGACAUCGAACGUGAAGCAGCUCGCGAAACUAGUCAAGGAUGGCGAAAAAGCAACAGUGAUGCAUUAUUGUAUGGAAGGCGCUAGCAAGGCGCUGUGCAUCUAUUACGGCGGGUUCAACCUCCAAUAA